UUAUAAAAAGAUACACUAACAAGUUCGUCUAGAUAUAUCUAAAUAUGUCUAUUUGCUUUGUGGAAUCGUAUUCUUCAGAGCCGGUAGAUUUAGCUUUUGUACUAAUUCUCUCAAUAAACUUAUGAGCCAUCUCUCUGAUGUCAGAGCCAACUGCCUCGUAUUCCCAGUUAAUGUCAUUCGGGUGGAAGUUCCUAAAGAAACCCUUGCCCGUCUGAGGUUCAAAUUUAGGCUCGAAUUGUCUUCUUUCUUGGUCCAUUCCUACUACAAAACGAUUAGUCAUGUAUCUUGAAUCUUCCGUCCUUAAGGCAAGGAGUUUUAAUCAAAACUUACUUCUGUUUUGUUGAUAUAAUUAAAGUUUCAAA